AUGGAAAAUUCAAAAGACGCCGAGGCCAACACAGUUUUCGAAAUUGCUGCAGAUGGCGACCUUAUUCUGAUAGCUGGACCGCAAGAGACGAGACUCCGUAUUCACUCUAUGUCAUUGAUGGCAGCCUCGAAAGUUUUCUCCGUCAUGUUCGGGCCAGACUGGAAGGAAGGUCAUGAUAUGCGCGACCACGAUAAACCAUUCGAACUACUGCUACCCGAUGACAAUGCUGCUGCAUUAAAAAUCAUAUGUUCUGUUAUUCACUACCAGAAUGAAAAGGUACCUCGAACCCUCGUCGCUGGCGAUGUUCUCGCAGUUGCCAUCGUUGCGGACAAGUAUGGUUGCAUUGAUGCACUCAAAUUUGCAAGCGAGACUUGGCUUCGAACUUCCAGAGAUAAAGCUAGCAAUUUGAUGCUUCUCGCUGCCGCGGCAUACCUGUUUCGGAAUGCACAAGCAUUCAAUGAGAUCACUAGAGCGUUGGUUUUUGAUUAUGAUGGUACUUAUCUUGCUCUCUCCUGGGAUGAAGUUGAAUCUGUUAUGCCAUGGAGGGUACUUUGUUUACUGGAAGAGCAGAGAGGGUUCGCAAGAUUAAGGGUAGCAGAGAUUCUCAUAGCAGGAGUGAACGAUGGGACUGGGAUGUGUUGUCAUAAAUGUGGAUGGACAAGCAAAUAUGCGUAUGCAUAUAUAAAACUGCUACAAGAAAAAGGUCUUUGGCCAGCACAUUUGUUCCACAUCUCCAUCUCCAAGGCACUGGAGAAAGCGGAGAGGAUGCCAGGCCCGGUUCCUGAGGAGCAAAGUACUCAGUGUCGAUAUGCAUACAAGCAUGAGCCCCCAGCAUAUAGGGAAGACCGUCGCCGGGAAUUGGACAGCCUCAACAAAAAGAUCGGGCUUUGCCUGCACUGCAUCCGCUUAGGCAGAACGGAUCCUGAUUGUGGCGAUCCCUCUCAUAACCGCUAG